CAUGUAAGAGACAGUGACAGACUUUCACAGUCCCAGAGCUACUUUUACCAGCAUCAGAGACACACGACUGCUGAGGAGUCACUGCCUGAUCCUCCGCUUAGCUUCUGUUGGCCUGCGUGUGUGACAGGGAAUUCACACUAGUUCCCUUUUUCGUUUGAUAUUUUUUUGUUCUGAAGUCUUUUGGGCAAAAGGACAAGCAUACAUCAUGCAGUCCUGUGCCAGGUGUAGGUUUGUGGUGUACCCAGCUGAGAAGAUCAACUGCAUUGACCAGAAUUGGCACAAAGCGUGUUUUCACUGCGACGUCUGUAAGAUGGUCCUCACCGCCAAUAACUUUGUCAGCCACAAGAAGCGGCCAUACUGCUCUGUACACAAUCCCAGGAACAACACAUUCACCAGCGUCUACGAGACCCCGGUCAACAUCAACGCAAAGAAGCAGAGCAAGGCGAGCAGUGAGCUGAAGUAUCGGGAAGAUGGCGAGCGCUUUAUGUCCAGCUUCCACUGUGACACGAGGUCCGUGGAGCUGGAGAAGGCUCUGCUAGCCAAACAGAUGGCCAGCCAGACCUUUCAGUCUCAGUCUGAGUUCUCACAGCAGCAGACGUGGUAUUCAGGCACGGUGAGCAGCCAGGAUAUAGUGACGGUGUCUCAGGAACAGAAGGCCCUCAUGGAUGUGAAGUUCUCUGAGGAGUACGAACAGUCGAAAGGAAAAGGAAGCUUCCCUGCCAUGAUCACACCAGGUUACGUGACGGCUAAGAAUGCCAACACCUUGGCCAGUAGUGUGGAAUAUAAAAAAGGACACGAGGAGAGAGUUUCAAAGUACACAACAUUUGUUGACCCUCCAGAGGUGCUUCUGGCCAAGAAACAGGGUCAAAUUGUCAGCGACUAUGCCUACACUGAAGAGUAUGAGCAGCAGAGAGGCAAGGGCAGUUUCCCUGCUCAUCUUACACCAGGAUACAUGAUGUCAAAGAAGGCCACUGAGCAAGCCAGUGAUAUUAAGUAUCGCCAGGUUUACGAACAGGAGAUGAAGGGGAAAGCCAGCACUGAGGCUGGAGUAGCUGAGUCAGCUCACGCCAGGGAAAACGCAGAGAACUUCAGCCAGAUUGCAUACACUGAAGGGUACGAGCAGCAGCGAGGGAAAGGCAGCUUCCCUGCGAUGAUCACUCCUGGUUAUUGUCUGGCAAAAAAGGCCCAGGAGAAUGCGAGUAAUCUGAAGUAUAGAAAGGACCUCAGCAAGAUGAAGGGCGCCUCGCACUUCCACAGUCUGACAUCCGAGGACAAUCUGGCUCUGAUGAACGCCCGAAAGAUUAACAAGCUUGUCAGUGAGGUGGAGUAUAAGAAGGACCUGGAGAACACCAAAGGUCACAGCAUCAAUUUCUGUGACACGCCACAGUUUCAUAAUGCUGCUAAAGUCGCCAAGUUCACCAGUGACAACAAGUACAAAGAGAAGUACAUCAGUGAUAUGAAGGGACACUACGCAGAGUCCGGCAUUGAUAAGACGACCAUGCACGCUAUAAAGGCCAGGAAAUUGGCGAGUGAUAUUUCUUACAAACAAGGCUGUGAACAGGAGCAGGGUGAAUACAACUACCCAGCCACCCUCACACCAGGCUACCAGAGCCAAAGGAAGCUCGACCCCCUGAAAGACAAGAACUACAGGCAACACAUCGACCAGGUCAAGUACAAGUCAGUGACGGACACGCCUGAGAUUGUUCUGGCCAGAAAAAACGCUCAGCUUGUCAGCAAGCUGAAUUACAAAGCAGGCUAUGAGAAGACGAAGCACCAGUACACACUGUCCCAGGAUCUGCCCCAAAUCAAAAACGCCAAAGCCAACGCGGCUCUGUGCAGCGGUAUUAAAUAUAAAGAGGAGUGGGAGAAGUCCAAGUCCAAGGCCUGCGACAUCGGCAAUGAAGACCUGAGUGUCAGAGCGGCCAAAGCGUCCAGAGACCUCGCCAGUAAUAUUAAAUACAAAGAGAGCUACAUGAAGAACAAGGACCAGGCAGUUGGGUUCAACACGAGCGACUCCAAGACUCUGCACUCUCUUCAAGUGGCCAAGAUGAGCAGCAACAUUGAGUACAAGAAGGGCUCCAAGGAGAGCCAGGGCCAAUACACGCUUCCCAUGGACAUGAUCAACCUGAGCCACGCCAAGAAGGCUCAGGCCCUCGCCAGCGACCUGGACUAUCGCACAAAGCUCCACGACUACACCGUGAUGCCGGACGACAUCAAGGUCCAGCAGGCGAAAAAGGCUUAUUCCCUGCAGAGCGAGAACCAGUAUCGCUCAGACCUGAACUGGAUGAAGGGGGUGGGCUGGGAUGGCGAAGGAUGUAUGAACAUAACCCAGGCCAAGAAAGCUGGAGAUCAGCUCACUGAUACUAAAUAUCGUCAGAAGGCCGACAGCAUCAGGUUCACCCAUGUGGCGGACGACCUCUCCAUCAAACAUGCCAAGAAGAGCCAAGAGCUGCAGAGCGACUUGGUGUACAAAGCCAACACGGAGCAGAUGAUGCACCAGUAUACCAUGAAGAAUGACGAGCCGCUGUUCCUACAAGCAAAGGCGAACGCUAGCCUCCUCAGUGGGAAAGUGUACAAGAGCAAAUGGGAGAAGCAGAGAGAAAAAGGCUUUGAGCUGCGUCUGGACUCUCUCUCUAUUCUCACAGCCAGAGCCAAGAGCGACCUGGCCAGUGACGUCAAAUACAGGGAGAAAUAUGAGAAGAACAAAGGCAAGGUGAUCGGUAUUAAGUCGGUCAGUGACGACUCUCAGAUGGCCCAUUCUGCUCUGGCCACCAAACUGCAGAGCGGCAAAUACUACAAGAAAAACUACGAGGACACAAAGACCAAAUACAAUGUUUCUCUGGACAUGAUGAACAUCAGCCACGCCAAGAAGGCUCAAGACCUGGCGACCGAGACCAACUACAGGACGUUCCUCCAUGACUACACUACGCUGCCCACGGACAUGAAUGUGGCCUGGGCUAAGAAAGCCUACGGACUGCAGAGCGAUAAACUGUACAGGUCUGAUCUGAACUGGAUGAAGGGCGUUGGCUGGGAGGCCUCGCAGUCUCUGGACGUCCAGCAGGCGAAGAAGGCAGGAGCGCUCGUCAGCGAGAAAAAGUACCGCCAGGACGCGAGCGCUGUGAAGUUCACCAGUGUCGAAAACACCCCAGAGAUGGUCCAAGCCAAACUCAGCAACAAACUGGCCAUUGAUAGGUUGUACAGGGAGAAGGGGGAAAACCUGAAGCACAACUACACCCUCAGUGGAGAGCUGCCUGAGAUGGUGCAGGCCAAGCUCAACGCCAUGAACAUCAGCGAGAGCCGCUAUAAGGAAUCGUGGACUAAGAUACGCGACGGUGGCUACAAGCUGCGUCUGGAUGCCAUCCCUUUCCAAUCUGCCAGAGUAUCUGGGGAUAUCCUCAGUGAUCAAAAGUACAGAGGGGAAUUUGAGAGGACUAAAGGGAAGAUGAUCGGGCUGAAGGGGCUGCAGGAUGAUAUGAACAUGGCUCACUCGGUCCAGGCCACCAAGCUGCAGAGUGAUAUUAAAUACAGGCAGGAUUCAGCGAAGGAGCGCUCAAAGUUCCAUCUGCCCAUGGACAUGAUGGAGGUGGCCCACGCCAAAAAGGCUCAGUCGCUGGUCAGCGAUCAGGACUACAGACUCACCCUGCAUCAGUACACGUCUCUGCCUGACGACAUGAAGGUGCUGGCGGCCAAGAAAGCGUACGCUCUGCAGAGCGAGAAAGUGUACCGCUCCGACCUGAACUACCUGCGCGGUGCAGCCUGGAUCGCCACAGGGGCCGUGCAGAUCGAAGGCUCCAAGAGGGCCACCGACCUCAUCAGUGAUAAAAAGUACCGUCAGCAGCCGUACAGCUUCAAGCACACGUCUGUCGCAGACUCUCCAGAUAUCGUCCACGCCAAACUCAGCGGACAGAUCACAAAUGAACGCUUGUACAAAGAGAAAAGUGUGAACGACCAACACAACUACACUUUAACGUCUCAGGGACCAGAGAUCACACAGGCCAAGAUCAACGCAGCCAACUUCAGCGAGGUCAAGUACAGAGAGUCCUGGCACACGCUGAGGGCUCAGGGCUACAAACUCAGCAUGCAGGACAUCCCCUUCCAGGCUGCCAAGAGCUCCACAGGCAUCGCCAGUGAUUACAAGUACAAACACAACCACGUGCUGGACAAAGGCAAACACAUCGGCAGCAAAAGCGUCCUGGAGGACCCACUUCUCCUUCACUGCCUGCAGGCCGGCCGUCUGGCCAGCAACCAGGAGUACCGCAGGGACGCGCUGACCACCAGCGGUCAGUACCACCUGAACCCCGACAUGAUUCACCUGGUGACGGCUAAGAACGCCCAGUCCCUGGCCAGCGAGCAGGACUACAGGACGAGGCUGCACGAGUACACGGUGCUCCCGGAUGACAUGAAGGUCAAAUGGGCCAAGAAGGCGUACGACCUGCAGAGCGAGAAUCUCUACAAGUCGGACCUCAGUUUCAUGAAAGGAGUGGCCUGGGACGGAGUGGGUGCACCUCAGAUGGAGUCGGCCAAGAAAGCUGGAGAUCUUAUAAGUGAUAAGAAGUAUCGCCAGCUGCCGGACAGUCUGAAGUUCACCUCAGUGGCCGACUCUCCCGAUAUGGUCCAUGCCAAGACGAGCUAUCAGCAGUGCAGUGAGAGGCUGUACAAAGCAGGGAAGGAUGAUGACAUGCACAAAUACACCUUACACUCAGACGAUCCCGACUUUGUGAGAGCCAAGAUUAACGCCCAGCAGAUAAGUGAUAAAGUGUACAAGGCGUCUGGGGAGCAGGUGAAGACGUUGGGCUACGACCUGAGGCUGGACGCCAUUCCUUUCCAGACUGCCAAGGCCUCCAGAGAAAUCGCCAGUGACUUCCGUUACAAGGAGUCCCAUCAGAAAGAGAAGGGCCAGCAGGUGGGGCUGCGCUGCGUGGAGGACGACCCCAAGAUGGUGCAUUCUCUGGCAGCCAGCAAACUCCAGAGCAACCUGGAGUACAAACGCCAGUCCAAGGAGGACCGAGGCCAGUACAAGAUGCACGCCGACCAGCCCGAGUUCCUGCUGGCCAAGAAGAGCCAGGCUCAGGCCAGCAACCUCACCUACCGCCACAAGCUCCACGACUACACCUGUGACGCCGAGCAGCUCAACGUCAAGCACGCCAAGCAGGCCUACAAGCUGCAGAGCGACGUGAACUACAAAUCCGACCUGAACCAGACCAGAGGAGUGGGCUGGACCCCUCCCGGCUCCCACAAGGUCGAGCUCGCCCGCCGGGCUGCAGAGCUGGGAUUUGCCGAGGGGGUCACCACUGAGGAGGCCAUCGCAAAGUACCAGCACAUGAUGAUGAUGGUGCAUCACCAGCAGCAGAUGGAGGAAGAGCAGCAGCAGCAUCAGGCUUCAGAGCAGGUGGAGACGAGCGAGACGAUCCAACGGGGCAUCAACAUGGACGCCAUGGAGGUGCUUCACGUGAACAGGAAGAAGACCAUUCAGACGGUGCAGAAGAAGUCCUCCACCACCACAACCUCGUUCAAGUCCAUGGAGAAGAAGUCCAGCGCCGCCUCGUCAGCCUCGUCGGCCGCGCUCCAGAACACAGUGAGGACGUCUCUGUCGUCCAGUAAAGCUGCUGCGAUAGAAGACGCGUAGAUCUGUCGUGUUUUUUUACACGUCAGAGUUCGUUAACGACGACCACUCUCAGGAGGUGUGGUGAACUUUUACUGAGUGUUUCUCUUGUUGGGUGAUGUUUUGGUGAAAUUACUUUCUGUAGUCUAGUUACAUGAGAUGCCAAACCAAUGUCAAACACUGUAAGAGCAACAAUUAUCUGUGCAAUAUGGUUGAGAUGAUGAAGAAGGGGAUUAAGCAUGUUGAAUCAGGACAGGCCUUGUCAUGUAUGUUAUGAAAAGGACGGAUAAAGUAUGGAGUGAAUUCAGAGUAGGAAAAAACACCUUUAUUUUUCAUCAAAGACAGCAGGUGACAUGUGAUCAUGAAAGUGCCUCCACAGACAGUUUACAGGUGAAGAAUACAGAUUGUUGUGAAGCCGAGGUGAUACUGUGUUAAAUGAUGGAUGGAAAGUUUUCAGUUGCUUUUAUUGAGAUGAAGUUUAGAAGAGGAAAAGGAGCUGUACCGGAGAUUGAUGUAAGAUGUUCUACAUGACGAGAUAAAAAACUAAUGCUGUAAGUUCAAAUAGACAAGGCACAGACGCAGCCUUGUUGCAGCCACACAGUUUUCUCUCAAGGUUUGAUCAUCUGGUGUACGUCGAGAGAGAGAAGUGCAGUCCUACUGAAAUGAUGUGUGAUCUCCAUUUUGUCUGGCAGGUUCCGCUUUGUGAGUUCAUAACGGUGCCUCUUUUGACUCAAAGCUGGACUCAGAGUAAAUGCUUGGUUUUAUUGCUGAUGAAUUAAAUUGUUUUUUCUCA